AUGAGUGUAGACGAGUCAGUUGAGAGAAAUAGAAAAAAUAGAGGUGUAGUGAGAGCGGCAGUUACGAAUGUUAUUAAAAGUGUGGAAGUGGAAUUUGCGAGGGAAGUACCGGACAUUGAAGUCUUGCGGGAUAAACUGGAAAUUUUGAUCAAAAGAGAGGCGGAGCUACAGACGUUGGAUGAAAGACUUAAUGGGCAAAUUAAAUUGAUAGAAUUGGAAAAGGAGGUACAACAGGAAUUGGAAUAUAGUGAUUCGAUUAUUAGAUGCAAGGGUAAAAUCCAGAGAUUUAUUGAAAAAAUUAAGUGUAGUAGUGGGAAUGCGGCUGUACUUGCUCGACACGUUAAUAGUACAAAGUUGCCUAAAGUUGCUUUAGAUAUGUUUGAUGGUAAUAUUAAAAAAUUUCAGGAAUUUUGGCCAUCGUUUGAGGCGGCUGUGCAUGAUAAUGCUUCUUUAUCGAAGGUUGAAAAGUUUAAUUAUUUAAGAUCAUUAUUGAUGGGCGGUGCGGCUAGGGCAAUUUCUGGAUUAACUUUAACUAAUGAAAAUUAUGAUAAAGCCGUUGAGAUCCUAAAAGAUAGGUUUGGGCAGAGACAUGCCGUGAUCUCAGCUUAUAUGAACACGCUUUUAUCAUUACAGCCUGUUAGGAGGAUAAAUAACACCGCGGGGUUGCGUAAUCUCUACGAUGAAAUUAACAACAGCAUAAGAAGUUUAGAGUCGUUGGGAAUUGAUAUAGAUUCGUACGGUAACUUAUUGUAUCCGAUUCUAGAUAGAUGCAUACCUGUUGAAUUGAUGUUGUUGUUUAAUAGAAGUCAGGUUGAAAGGAAGGUGAGGGAGCCAGUGGUAUCCGAUUUGUUGGAUUUUUUGAAGGGAGAGAUAGAGGCACGCGAAAGAUCUUUUUCGGAACGUACAGAGUUGUUGAUUCCUGUUACCAAAAGUAAUUUAUCUCCUUUUAAGAAAACCCAAUCUUCAUCCUUUAGUAGAGGUGUGUCUUCUGCGGCAACGUUAGGCGUAUCAAUAAAUAAAUUUUGCGAUUUUUGUCCGAAGGAAACUCAUAGAAAUGAAGAUUGUAAAUUAAGCGUGCAAGAUAAAUAUAAGUCACUUUAUGAUCAAUACAAGUGUAGGAGAUGUUUCCGUAAAGGUCAUAAAAAGUUUUGUUAUGUAAAGGGUAUAAAAUGUAAAACCUGUGGAUCACAAUCCCACUUGGAGUACUUGUGUGAAAGAGGUCAGAGACCAAGUAAAAGCGGUAGUGUUGAAGGAUCUUCCAAUGAGUCCAAAGACGUAGGUGUUAAUUCAUUGUUUCGAGAGUCAAUGAUCAAUACUGAAAAACGGCAUAAUAUAUAUUACCAAACAGCUAGAGCCGAUGUAGUGGGUUCAAAUAAAAUCGCUCGAGGGAUUAGAAUUUUAAUUGACAGCGGUUCCGAAGCUAGCUUUCUUUUAGAAAGUAUUGCAGAGGAAAUUGGAUUACCUACUGUGUCAGUUGAGAAACUUAAAAUUCACACUUUUGGGUCUCAAUCACCCCACUUGAGAGAAUUAAAGCGGAAGAAAGCUUUAUUGAAAAGCCCUAUUAGUGAUUCUCAUUUAGAAUGCAAUAUUCUGGUGAUAGACAAAAUUGUUGGCCCAGAUUUAAUUCGAAGCCCUUCGGAAGGUAUUGUAUCGGUUUUGAGACAAGAGGGAUUUGUUUUGUCUGACCAGGGUGGUGAGGAGACAGAGAUAGGCCUUUUGAUUGGAAAUGACUUAAUAAAUAAGGUUUUAACGGGGAAAACUCGCAGACUUUCAGAAUUUUUGAUGUUAUACGAGACCAUAUUUGGCUGGGCAAUUAAUGGAAGCUCUGGACGAGACGACGUUUUAAAUUGCACUUUAAGUAUGUAUACUAGAGUUGAGUGCUGUGAGGAGGAAAAGUUAUCAGAUUUGUUGUAUAAUUGGUUUCAAUUAGAAAGUCUAGGAAUUAGCGAUUCGCCUUCAGGGAGGAGUGAAAGCGACGAAAAAAUAAUUCAGAGGUUUGAGGAAAACUUGCGUUUUGAGAAUGGCCGUUACGUUACGGGUCUCCUGUGGAAGCGCGAUCCAGUGGAUUUGAAGGACAAUUUUCAUUUGGCUAAACGGCAGUUUGAUAGAUUGCAAAGAGAAUUGGACAGUGAUGGCUUUAUUCGUAACCAGUUCGAGGAAAUAAUUAAGUUCCAGAGGGAAAAUAAUAUAGUCGAGGAUUGUGCCGAAGGUGACGCGGGAUACUUCAUGCCUUAUCGGAGCGUGGUCAGGAAAGAUAAAAGCACUACACAGGUUCGAUUGGUAUUUAAUUGUUCAAGUUCCAAGAGAGGCGAUUUAUCAUUAAAUGAUUAUUUGGAACAAGGCCCUAAUUUGAAUCCCAGUCUAUUGGAUGUCCUUUUGAAAUUUAGAAUAUUUGAAAUAGUUUUUUGUGGAGAUAUAGAAAAGGCUUUUUUGAUGAUUGGAGUGGCUGAACAAGAUCGUCGUUAUUUAAGGUUUUUGUGGCAUACGAAUGAUAAAGACCGAGAAUAUGUGGUGUUGCAAAUGAGUCGCGUUUUAUUUGGAAGUAGAUGCUCACCAUUUUUGUUGCGAGCCACAAUCAGAUAUCAUGUCAGAAAAUAUCUCGAAAGAUACCCGGAUUGUGUCGACAUGUUGGACAACGCAUUAUAUGCUGAUGACUUGUGUUACGGCGCUGAGACGGUUCAAAAAGCUUUCAGUUUGUCUUCAGGUGCAGUUACUAUCUUGAAAGAUGCAGGGUUUAACUUGAGAAAGCUAUGCACGAAUUCUAAGGAGUUGCGGACAUUGUGGAUUCAAAAUGGAUUAAGUGAUGGUGUUGGGUCUGAGCAAGAUUCCAAGUUGAAGGUUUUGGGUUUAGUGUGGGAUUUAAAGGAGGAUUGUUUGGGGGUUGAUGUUGUGCCUUUGUUGAAUAGCUUGGAGUCGGUAAGGAAUACAAAGCGGUCUGUGUUGAGUGUUGUUGCUAGGGUGUUCGAUCCUUUGGGUUUUAUUAGUCCGUUUGUUGUGCGUGUUAAGAAACUUGUGCAGGAAAUUUGGGAAAGAGGUAUUGAUUGGGACUCAGAGUUGCCAGAUGAUUUGAGAAAUAAGUGGGAGAGGUGGUGUUGUGAAGUAGGUUGUUUGUCUGACGUGCGAAUAGAUAGAUGUUGCUUUUCUAACUGGGAUAGGGAUGCUGGUAGAAUGGAGAUGCACAUAUUUUGUGACGCGUCGCAGGUUGCAUAUGGAGCAGUUGCUUAUUUUCGGUGGGAAACUUCAUCGGGUGAGGUUGGAGCGUACUUUGUCAUGGCGAAAAGUAGAUUGGCACCGUUGAAAAAAUUGAGUUUACCUAGAUUAGAGUUGAUGGGAGCGUUGGUUGGUGCUAGAUUGUGUAAACAUUUAUCGGUGGUUUUUAAGAAUUGGGUGAAAAGAGUUGUUAUGUGGACGGAUUCUGAGAUUUGUUUGCAUUGGAUUAAGAGUUCAGCGGUGGAAUGGAAACAGUUUGUGGCAAAUAGAGUCGUUGAAAUUCAGAAUUGUGCAGUUCCUGAUAGGUGGUUCCAUUGCCCAGGUGUGGAGAACCCAGCUGAUCGGUUGACCAGAGGAGUGUCGGCGAGAUCACUAAAAGACGAUGAUAUGUGGUGGAGUGGACCUCCAUGGUUGAAAGCACCACAGAGCGACUGGCCUCAACAGAAACUCAGAGUUCAAGACGAGAGUAUACCUGAGAAAAAGAUCGUUGUACACACUACGAUUGUUAAAGAUGAUCCAUUGAUUGACAUUUCCAGAUUUAGUAGUCUUAACAAGCUUCUGAGAGUUACUGCCUAUGUGUUGCGGUUUCUUGGGAAACUUAGAGGAAGAAGCAGUCAGAGAGGUCCGGUGGUGGCGGCGGAGAUCAGCGAAGCAGAAGAAUUUUGGGUGAAGCAAGUUCAACGUGAACACUUUGAUCCUGAAAUAACUCGUCUCAACCGAGGUCAACAGAUUCUCGCUAGUUCACGAAUAUGGAGUCUUGCUCCCUAUCUGCAGGACGGUCUUCUUCGUGUAAAAGGACGUUUAGAACAGAGCGAGUUGACGCAGGAAGAAAAGCACCCAAUACUUCUGCCCAAGUCCAAAUAUACCGAUCUCUUGAUACUACAUGAACACAAUCGAGGGUUUCAUUUGGGUGUGAUAGCUACUUUAUCCAGAGUAAGGGAAAGAUUCUGGAUACCAAGAGGUCGACAAUCGGUGAAAAGUGUUCUAAAGAGUUGUCUUGUGUGCCGCAAAUACAAUGCAAAACCUGCAAGACAACAGACGGGACAAUUGCCCAAAGACAGGAUAGUUGCUUGCCCUCCGUUCACUACUGUAGGUACAGAUUUUACAGGAUCUAUAACUGUGAAGACUACCUCAGGUGCUCUACAGAAGGUGUAUAUUGUGCUUUUCACAUGUGCUGUGACUCGAGCAGUUCACCUUGAAGUGGUUUCUAAUAUGAGCGUUAGAAGUUUCAUUCUAUCGUUGCGCCGGUUUAUGGCUCGAAGAGGUGGCGUAAAGAUAUUUUAUUCUGAUAACGCUAAGACUUUUCGAAGCUCAUGUGAAAUCCUUAAGCAGUUCAAAAACAUAAUAAGACAGCCCGAGCUGAAGAGUUUUAUUGCUUCUGAAGGUAUAUCCUGGAAGUUUAUUCCGGAGCGUUCUCCAUGGUGGGGAGGCUUCUGGGAACGAUUGAUGCGAAGUAUUAAAGAACCACUGAGAAAGACGCUAGGAAGAGCAUUGUUGACUUUGGAGGAAUUGUCAACUGUCCUUACAGAGGUGGAAUGCGUGAUCAACAAUCGACCGAUUACGUACGAAAGUGAUGAGUUGGAUGAACCAAGAGCACUUGCGCCUUCACAUUUCUUGCUUCCUGGACGGCGAGAACCUGGACUUGUACCAGAAUAUUUUUGGACUUGUUUGAAUCUGCAUCGGAUCGUAUGA